AUGUCAGCCAAUUAAGCAGAAAUCAAAAAGCAGGUCGAGUUCUACCUUUCAGACAAGAACUUAGCCAACGAUAGCUUCUUCCACUCCAAGAUAUCUGGAAACGUUGAGCACUGGCUCGACAUUGCUGAUAUCCUCAAUUGUAAUAAAAUCAAGAGAAUGGGAAUCAAGGAAGCUGAGAUCGCAGCAUCAUUGAAAUCUUCCUCAGAAGUGGAAGUCUCUGAAGACGGAAAGAAAGUCAGAAGAGUUGGAAAGAAAGCACUUCCAGAGCUUAUUCACAAAGAAGGCUAAAAGAAGAGAGAUGUUAAAGCUUAAUCUAAAGAAGAGGAAAAGGGCGAUGCUGAGGAUGACACCAUUCAGUUAGAUGAGAGAGGAAAUCACAUCUUAGUCAAUGCAGAUUUCGAGAACCCAAUCAUUAUUCAUUUCAAGACCGAAGCCAAGGAUGGCGAUGGAUUCAAAGUCAACUGGAAAGAGAUUGAGAAUGAAGUUAAAUAGAAGAACCCCUUAUUGAAGAUUGUGUACUCGAGAGCUGAUCAAUACGAAGGUGAUCUCGCUAUUUCAUCUCACAAACUAAAGCAAGUCAACUUAGAAAAGCUCACAUCAGCUACCCUUAAGGUGUAAGAAAAGAACUUUACUUUCAUCAAGACUGCUGGAGAGGAAUUGAAGGACUUCUGGCAAAAGCAAGGUGGUCAUUACUAGUUCUGUAUUCAGCCCAAGUUGAGAAAUAUCAAGAAAUAGCAGAAGAUAGCAAAGCAAUAAAAGAGAGACGCUGGGACUAGUAACGAUAACGGUUCAAAGAGAGCCAAGCUGAGUUUCGAAAUUGCUGGUGUCUAUUACACUGAUAUUAGUAAAGUAAAGUCAAAGGCAAGAGCUAUCCUCACAAUCAAGAAAGACGGAGAGAAGCUUACAGGCAAUGACGAAGAGUUCAUUAAGGAACUUAUUAAAUUCCACGAUAAACAUGAUUCUAAGUUCAAGGACUUCGGUCAUUUUGAGGCCGGUGAACAUCCAAACUAUGAAAAGACCAGAUGCUUCUUCGUCGUUAGGAAUGAUGGAACCAAGGAGGACUUCAGUAUCAGUAAAUGUAUUAUGAACUUAGAGAAAUAAUCAUAGUGA